AAAUUUCUCUCUUACGUUUAUGACGUGAAAAGUCGCGCCGUUCUCCGGUUCAGCGCUGUUCAAUUUCAUUGUAAAAUUGUUUAUCUCGACCGGGAAAUAGCAUAAUCAUGGCCGCCGCCGUCGUGUCAGGCAAGGACAUCGAGAAGCCCCAGGCCGAGGUCUCGCCCAUCCACCGCAUCAGGAUCACGCUGACGUCCCGCAACGUCCGCUCCCUGGAGAAGGUCUGCGGUGACCUCAUCAACGGAGCCAAGAAGCAGAAGCUCCGUGUUAAGGGACCCGUCCGCAUGCCCACCAAGUUCCUGCGAAUCACCACCAGAAAGACUCCUUGUGGUGAAGGUUCCAAGACCUGGGACCGCUUCCAGAUGCGGAUCCACAAGCGGGUCAUCGACCUGCACUCGCCCUCGGAGAUCGUGAAGCAGAUCACGUCCAUCAACAUCGAGCCUGGAGUAGAGGUGGAGGUCACCAUCGCCGACGCGUAGGCAUAGCCGCCGGUGCAUUUUUUUUUAUUUGAAAGAAUAAAAAUGUAACUGGAA